UAGGUGCCCCGUCGCAGAGGCCAUGUAGCAGGAGGCCUUGAGCUGUUCCCUGGCCCGUCSGUUCCCAGCAGCAGUCGGGGAAGCUGGAGAAGGAUGCAGGCAAUCGGCUUCGUUUCCCUAUGGAUGCUGAGUUGGCUGUUCGGAGGCCUCGCGGCGCAUCCCGGAGAACACGAAGACGUGGUAAAGCACGCGAUAAAGCUGCACCGGGGCAGAGGGGCCGUUGCCACCCAGAGAAGGCARUGGGUGUUGGAGAGCUGCCGGAAACUCUCUGGCCUCCUUCGCCAGAAGAACGUGGUGCUCAACAAACUCAAAAAUGCCAUCAGAGCUGUGGAGAAGGAUACAGGCCUCUCAGAUGAAGAGAAGCUUUUUCAGGUGCACACCUUUGAAAUUUUCCAAAAGGAGCUAAAUGAAAGUGAAAACUCGGUCUUUCAAGCAAUCCACGGCCUCCAGAGAGCUCUGCAAGGGGAUUACAAAGAUGUUGUCAAUAUGAAGGAAAGCAGUAGACAGAGACUGGAAGCCUUAAGAGAAGCUGCGAUUAAGGAAGAAAUGGAAUAUGUUGAACUCCUGGCAGCAGAGAAACAUCAGGUUGAAGCCCUUAAGAAUAUGCAACAUCAGAACAAAAGCCUGUCGAUACUUGAUGAGAUUCUUGAAGAUGUCAGGAAGGCAGCUGAUAGAUUGGAGGAGGAAAUAGAAGAACAUGCUUUUGAUGACAACAAAUCUGUAAGAGGUGUUAACUUUGAAGCAGUUUUAAGGGUCGAAGAAGAUGAAGCCAACUCCAAAAGAAAUGCUUCAAAAAGGGAAGUGGAAGAUGACCUAGGUCUAAGUAUGCUUAUUGAUUCCCAGAACAAUCAGUACAUCCUUACGAAGCCCCGAGAUUCCACCAUUCCCCGUGCUGAUCAUCAUUUCAUAAAGGAUAUUGUGACAAUCGGAAUGUUGUCCUUGCCRUGUGGCUGGCUGUGCACAACGAUAGGGCUGCCAACAAUGUUUGGGUAUAUCAUCUGUGGAGUGCUCUUAGGACCAUCAGGAUUAAAUAGUAUCAAGUCUAUUGUACAGGUGGAGACAUUAGGAGAGUUUGGUGUAUUCUUCACUCUCUUUCUAGUUGGUCUGGAAUUUUCUCCCGAAAGAUUAAGAAAGGUAUGGAAGAUAUCUUUGCAAGGACCCUGCUACAUGACAGUGCUGAUGAUUGCCUUUGGUUUGUUAUGGGGACACUUGCUCCAAAUUAGACCAACGCAAAGUGUCUUUAUUUCCACCUGCUUGUCUUUAUCGAGCACACCGCUGGUGUCAAGAUUCCUUGCAGGGAGUGUUCGAGGAGAUAAAGAAGGGGACAUUGACUACAGCAGCGUGUUACUGGGCAUGUUGGUGAUGCAGGAUGUGCAGCUUGGUUUGUUUAUAGCUGUCAUGCCUACACUUAUUCAAGCAGGAGCAAGCACCUAUUCCAGCAUUGUCAAGGAAAUACUGAGAAUACUGCUAUUGAUUGGCCAAAUUCUCUUUUCUCUGGCUGCUGUUUUUCUUAUAUGUCUUGUUAUAAAGACUUAUCUCAUAGGACCGUAUUAUCGCAAGUUGCAUAUGGAAAGCAAAGGGAAUAAAGAAAUCCUCAUUCUAGGAGUAUCUGCAUUCAUCUUCCUUAUGUUAACGAUCACAGAGCUACUGGAUGUGUCAAUGGAGCUGGGAUGCUUCUUAGCUGGAGCUCUGAUCUCUUCUCAGGGUCACAUGGUUACUGAGGAGAUUAUGUCCUGUAUUGAACCAAUACGUGACUUUCUUGCCAUCAUUUUCUUUGCAUCUAUAGGGCUUCAUGUUUUCCCCACAUUUGUAAUAUAUGAACUCACAGUCUUACUCUUCCUUACACUCUCUGUGGUCAUAAUGAAGUUUGUCUUGGCAGUGCUCGUCCUCUCCCUGAUUCUCCCAAAGAGCAGCCAGUACAUCAAAUGGAUCGUCUCGGCAGGGCUGGCACAAGUCAGUGAGUUCUCUUUCGUUCUGGGAAGCAGAGCACGCAGAGCAGGGAUCAUCUCUCGGGAGGUCUAUCUCCUUAUCUUGAGUGUGACAACUCUAAGCCUUCUGCUUGCCCCGGCCCUGUGGAGAGCUGCGAUUAUGAAGUGUGUUCCAAGACCUGAGCGACGCUCAAGUACCUGAUAAGACUUGCUCGUGCACAGGAAUACGUGUUUUUGCAAGGAGUAUCUUCAUUGCUCGUUGUAUUCCUAGGCACUCCAAAAAGCAAGAUGGUUUGAGUAGUCCUCUUAACAUUUACUCAGUUAAAAGCCUUACACUGAUAUUUAAAAAAAAAAAAAAAAAAAAAAACAGCAUUAAAAAAUAGUGAUCUGAUAUUUGAAUUAAACAUCUCUUGCAAAAUUGACCUUCAUCCUGGCAGAUUCAAAUGGGCCAGAACAUUUGUUCUUAAUCCAAUCAAACAUGCAGAGUAGAAAUUAUUUUUUUAAAUACAGUUUCACGAAAAUUGCGUUGAGUAUUUUUUUGCCUGGAUGUGCCUUUUAAUUUUCAUCUGGUUUUGUUACUAUUUGUUCAUCACCAGAUAUUUU